CAGAAAGGACGCCUGCGAAUACAUCAGAUGACACACACUGGAGAGAAGCUUUUUCAGUGUAGCUACUGCGAUUACAAAUGCAAUCGAAUAUCAGUACUAAAAAGACACAACAUGAUACACACUGGGGCGAAGCCAUUUCAAUGUAGCAACUGCGACUACAGUUGCAGGCAGAAAGGACACCUGCGAAUACAUCAUAUGACACACACCGGGGAGAAGCCUUUUCAGUGUAGCUACUGCGAUUACAAAUGCAAUCGAAUAUCAGUCCUAAAAAGACACAUGAUGAUACACACUGGGGCGAAGCCAUUUCAAUGUAGCAACUGCGACUACAGUUGCAGGCAGAAAGGAGACUUGUUAAAACACCAGAGAACACACACCGGGGACAAGCCUUUUCAGUGUAAGCACUGUGAUUACAAAUGCAAUCAAAAAUCAAACAUAAAAAUACACAUGAUGAGACACACUGGGGCGAAGCCGUUUCAAUGUAGUAACUGCGACUACAGCUGCAGGCAGAAAGGAGACUUGCUAGUACACCAGAGAACACACACCGGGGACAAGCCUUUUCAGUGUAGUCACUGCAAUUACAAAUGCAGUCAAAAACCUGUCCUAAAAAGACACAUCAUGAUACACACUGUGGCGAAGCCAUUUCAAUGUAGCAACUGCGACUACAGUUGCGGGCAGAAAAGACAACUGCGAAUACAUCAGAUGACACACACCGGGGAAAAGCCUUUUCAGUGUAGCCACUGCGAUUACAAAUGCAGUCGAAAAUCAAACAUAAAACUACACAUGAUGAGACACACUGGGGCCCAGCCAUUUCAAUGUAGCAACUGCGACUACAGGUGCAUGUGGAAAGGAGAAUUGCUUGUACACCAGAGGACACACACCGGGGAGAAGCCUUUUCAGUGUAGUCACUGCGAUUACAAAUGCAGUCAAAAAUCAGGCUUAAAAAGACACAUUAUGAUACACACUGGGGCGAAGCCAUUUCAAUGUAGCAACUGCGACUACAGUUGCAGGCAGCAAGGACGCCUGCGAAUACAUCAGAUGACACACACCGGGGAAAAGCCUUUUCAGUGUAGCCACUGUGAUUACAAAUGCAGUCGAAAAUCAAACAUAAGACUGCACAUGAUGAAACACACUGGGGCGAAGCCAUUUCAAUGUAGCAACUGCCACUACAGGUGUAGGCGGAAAGGAGAAUUGCUAGUACACCAGAGAACACACACCGGAGAGAAGCCUUUUCAGUGUAGUCACUGUGAUUACAAAUGCAGUCAAAAAUCAGGCCUAAUAAAACACAUGAUGAUACACACUGGGGCGAAGCCAUUUCAAUGUAGUAACUGCGACUACAGUUGCAGGUGGAAAAGAGACUUGCUAGUUCACCAGAGAACACACACCGGGGAGAAGCCUUUUCGGUGUAGUCACUGUGAUUACAAAUGCAGUCAAAAAUCAGUCCUAGAAAGACACAUGAUGAUACACACUGGGGCGAAGCCAUUUCAAUGUAGCAACUGCGACUACAGGUGCAGGCGGAAAGGAGAAUUGCUAGUACACCAGAGGACACACACAGGGGAGAAGCCUUUUCGGUGUAGCAACUGCGACUACAGGUGCAGGCGAAAAGGAGACUUGUUAGUACACCAGAGGAAACACACCGGGGAGAAGCCUUUUCAGUGUAGUCACUGUGAUUUCAAAAGCAGUCAAAAAUCCGACCUAAAAAGACACAUGAUGAUACACACUGGGACGAAGCCAUUUCAAUGUAGCAACUGCGACUACAGUUGCAGGCGGAAAAGAGACUUGCUAGUACACCAGAGGACACACACAGGGGAGAAGCCUUUUCGGUGUAGUCACUGUGAUUACAAAUCCCGUGAUAAAUCAAGCCUACGAAGUCACCAGAAGACGCAUGCUGGGCCGAAGUCUAACAACGCAGCAAUAGCGACUACAAGUGCAGCCUGAAACAGCACCUGCAAAGACACCAUUUUUUUUCUUAAUCUUAUCUGUUUAUUUCAGUUCAGUGGUGUUUGUUUCAGUACAGUCAGAACUCAGUUAAAAUCUCUAAAUUUGGAGAUUAUCUUAACUAAGAUUUUAGCCUUAUUUAUACAUAUAUGUAUGUAUGUAUUGUAUAGUUUUAGGUUAAUGCUUACAGUUAAAAAUACUUACUACUUGUUUGGGUAAGCUGUUCAGGAUAUUAGGUAGGUAUAUUGACUAGAGCCUUUUCACAUAUUCAUUGGUACUUUUAGGGUAUUAUAAAGUAUGGUUCAUUGGUUAAGGUCCGGAGGUGGGAUGGCCUCUUAUACCUGACCCGCCCCAACAAGUGUUUAUAUUCUAACAUCACAGCAAGUUUUGCUUUAUCAUAUACACUAAUGUAAUAUUCUACAGUACUUAAAUCAUUUAUGAUAGUUUCACCUGUCCCGUUGUCUGUCUGUCUGUAAUCAAAUCUUGCAAGUUAACUUUGAUCCACUUCCCGGUUUCUGAUUGAGCUGAAAUUUUGCAUGGAUGUAUAAAUCGGAUGACAAUGCAAUAUUUUGGUACCAUCGAGCUGAUCUGAUUAUGGAGAAAUUGAAUUUUUUGCCAAAAACUUAAUAUAAUAAUAUUGAAGUGUUAUUUUCAAAAGAACAAUAGUUUUUAGCAAUCUUAGUUGAAUAUAUUUCGUUUUGUAAGUAUGUAUUAUAUGUUUUCCCGUAGCUAGAGAUACCAUAGUGGUGUAUGUACAUAGUUUUAACAUUGGGUGAGUGAAU